UCGCGAAGGCACAGUGGUUUGUUUACGUCUGCCACCGUGUUCUACAGAGGAAACCGUCUUAUUUUAACUCCGAGGACGGUGUUGAGAACGAAUUCCACCCUGAAAUUAACGAUUGUCCUCUACACUAUCAUACAAGGUGUGAAAAUUCAGGAGAUAAAUCUCCAGGGCGACUGAAAAGAGGGUCGAAAUAAGUCGAAACGAUGAUGAUGAAGUCGUCUGCCGGGGGUGUGCGUCGGCUGCUGGGCAGCUGGUGCGUUCAGUCGAGCUCCUGCUUUCGUAGUGCUAACAUCUGUCCUUCACGUCGUUGCCUUUCCGCCACAGCCGCCGUCAUGGAUAACCGCGUCAUCACCAUCGAUAAUAUGAAUCCCCUCGUGAAGAAGAUGGAGUACGCCGUCAGGGGGCCGCUGGUCAUCAGGGCCACGGCCAUUGAGAAAGAGUUGCAGGCGGGCGCCCAGAAGCCCUUCAAGACGGUGACGAAGGCCAACAUCGGUGACGCCCACGCCAUGGGACAAAAGCCCAUCACAUUCCUCCGUCAGGUUGUAGCAGUGUGCCUUAUGCCAACCCUCAUGGACGACCCCACCAUCCCCUCCGAUGUAAAGGAGAGGGCCGGCGCCAUCCUGGCAGGAUGCAAAGGCAGUUCCCUUGGGUCCUACAGCGACUCCGCUGGUAUCGAAAUCAUCAGGAGACAUGUCGCAGACUACAUUGAGAGGAGGGAUGGAUUCCCCUCGAACUGGGAGAACAUCGUCCUCUGCGCCGGAGCAUCUGAGGGCAUUAGAGGUACGAUGAAACUACUGAUCAACCACCAGAAUGGUGUCAAACCUGGAGUGAUGAUCCCUAUCCCCCAGUACCCUCUCUACUCAGCAACUAUAGCGGAGUUUGAUCUGCAUCAGAUCGGCUAUUACUUGAAUGAAUCCACCAACUGGGGCCUGGAUAUUGAGGAACUUGAACGCUCCUACGAAGAGGCCUGCAAAGACUGUGUCCCCAAAGCACUGUGUGUGAUCAACCCUGGUAACCCUACAGGGAACGUUCUUCCCAAAGAAAAUAUUCAGAAGAUCAUCCAGUUUGCCCAUGACAAGAAACUGUUCCUCUUUGCUGAUGAGGUGUACCAAGAUAAUGUGUACGCAGAUGGGUGCGAAUUCCACUCCUUCAAGAAGGUGCUGAUGGAAAUGGGUGCCCCAUACAAUCAGAUGGAACUUGCGUCUUUCAUGUCUUGCUCUAAAGGUUACAUGGGCGAAUGUGGUUUGCGUGGAGGCUAUGCAGAGAUUAUCAAUGUUGAUCCUGCUGUGAAAGCGAUGUACCUGAAGAGUAUCUCUGCUAAACUCUGCCCCACUACCCUAGGGCAGGCUGUGAUGGAAUGCGUUGUGAACCCACCCAGGGAGGGCGAGCCAUCCUAUAAGCAGUUCAUGGAAGAGAAAACAAACGUCUUAUCUUCCCUCGCAGAGAGAGCAAAGAUGAUCGUUGAAACCUUCAAUUCUGUCCCUGGAAUGUCCUGCAAUAUUGUGCAGGGUGCUAUGUACGCCUUCCCACAGAUUAUGUUACCAGAGAAAGCAAAGGCAGCAGCCGCUGCCGCCGGUCAGGCCCCUGAUGUGUUCUACGCAUUCCAACUCCUCGAGAACACUGGCAUCUGCAUAGUUCCUGGCUCAGGGUUUGGCCAGCGUCCUGGUACCUUCCACUUCAGAACCACUAUCCUUCCUCAGCCCGAAAUGCUCAAGACCAUGUUGGAAAAAUUCAGAGAAUUCCACACAGACUUCAUCAAACAGUAUGAGUAAGGUGUUUCCCCAAUAAGUUCCACUUACAAUUAACUAAGCACCUCGUCCAGACUGUAACACCAUCUCUGUCCCAAACUUUGUCAGGGAUCAUCUCUCUCAUGAACUUGACAAAAGGAAGUUGCUCAAGAUGAGGGAGAGACAAUAACUUUUUUCACAAGCAGUUCUAACGUAACACUUCACAGCUGCAAAGCUCAACGCAAUAUGGAGGCCAUGACUAUACUCAGUGUGAAUCACAUUUACGAAUUAGGUUCCAAGAUUCUUACAGAGGAAAAAUUGACUCGUACCAGUGAUAGAACGAUUUGAUUGAAGACCUGUGUUGAUUAUUUUAAUACAAGUAUAAUUUCUGAAUGCUGUGCAUUCACGUUCUCACAUAUCAGGCUGUCGUUUAUAUGUUCGUCUUUUAUCUUUCUGUACAUAUUUCUUCUGCCUGAGGUGAAAGGUAUACUCAACUACCUAAAUCCGCAGUACCAUACUAAACAGUGCCUGAAGGCGAGAUACGAAAGGGGUGGCUCUCGCAGAACUCGUAGUUUUGUCCUGUCCAUAGCCUAAAUGUUUCCCUUAAAAGGAGUUUUUGAUAGAUCUCUCUUUAUUUUUCUCCUUACGAAUUUCCCCCCCAAAAGCAAAGGCGUGUAGGUCAACCUAAUGCAAUUUAAUUGGUUGUUGCACCUGUUGAAAUUGCACUCUCAGAUUUGCUUUUGCUGUAGUAGUGCUUCUUUCGGUCAAUAGCGAUUGGUGCACCAUUCAAUUUCGUAGUUAUUCCUUCUUGGUUUACGGCCAGUUGUAACAGAAGUGCUCAAAGAGUUCAAUUGAGAAAUUAUACAGUUUUUCAGUGUACAGCUAAGAGAGGCUUUUUGUAAGAACAGACAUAUCUUUGAAAACGGAAUUCCCCUAAUCUUAAGGCUCGUAAGUAGUAUGUAAGAGUUGUUCCUUUGAAAUUUGAAAUUUUAUUUUAAUGCAAAUACAAUUUGAAGUUCCUCUGUUGUUUUGUUGCAUGGCUGCUGAUUUUCCUCUCAUUCCUAUCUCUCCUUCUCUAGCAGACAAAAUAUUCAUCUGUAAGUUAUGCUACUUAUUCUAAAAAAAACUUAUUCUCUUGAUUUCAUAAAAAAAGAUAGGAAACUAGUUUGAAAGAAAAUUUCUUACAUGACAUGAUUCUGCCAUACUACUGCUUUCUUAUGCAUUCUUCAAAGACUAUGGUAGUGCACAUUGGUCCACAUUGCAAACACUUAUAUUUUGCGUUUGUGUGUGUGUGUGUUUACAUAGGUAACUAAACGUCAUGCCUCCCAUCGUCAUUAGACAGUUGUACAGAUCAUUCCAUCAUCAGUCAUUCAAAAUGAAGGAUAAAUUUUUAUAGUAACUGUCAAAGGGUUUUCAUUUUAUCACGGCAGUAAAUCACUGCCCAAGUUUCGUUGGGGACGGUACAUUUAAAAUUUUGGUAGGUUUGCGGCGGGAAAAGGAUAAAGGGAAGGGAUUUUCUCGUGUACAUAUACAUACAUACAUAUAUUUUUUUGAUGUUUACUUUGUUUUUUCUUUUUGUUAUUCUCAUGUAAUGGUAAUUAGACCAUGUUAGUGUAAAAGAAUCUGUGAUACACCUGAACUCACUUAGGUCUGAUUAUGCUGGGUCAUUGUAAUGAUAGUUUAUAUAUAUAUAUCCAGCAUUCAAUAAAAGUUUAUUACCAGAGCAUCAAA